AAUUUGAGAACUAAACCCUAAUUUUAACUGGUUGUUGCCUUCUUCCUCCUGGCCAUUAUCCUCCACUUCUUCCCCAACCUUCUUCUUCACCAGAUACCUUCAUAUGUUUCAACUCAAAUUCUCAAUUUCAUUCAAAUUCCUUUGAAUUGUUUCAGACGCAGUGCCUCACCACAACAAGGACCACCUCUCAUCCCUCAAAUCCUUCUUCGUCCCUUCCUCCUCCGCCCAAAACCGUCGAUGAUGUUUGAAAAGACAUGAAUCUAACCCACUGUGACAGAGACUCACCUCAAUCUAAUCACCGCCUGUUCGAGAAAAUGACCAUUGAGGCUUUCCUAUAAAAAAACGUUGCCGUCACGAAUGACGACAUCACCGUUGUUGCUCCUUUUUAUAAUCAUCAUCCUGUUCCUCAUCAGUUCCCGCAGGUGCCCGCCGUUGAAGGCUCAUCCUCCUCUGCGACUGAGCCUUUUGCCAAUGGGAUGCUGGGGUGGCAAGUGGAGUCCCAGCAACCUCUUCAGCAUCAGGAGGAGGCGAUGGUGGUGGAGGAGGAGUUGCAGCUGCGGUGGCAAAGGGGAAGAGAAGGGUGGUGGAGGAAGCAGUGGACAAGGCCACACUUCAAUGAGUCUGCUCCUAGGUUCAGGGAUCGCAAACAGGAAGCCAGAAUGCUUAAUUGCCAUCGUAGAGUUAUGUGUGAAGCUGCCAAAAAGUCAUUGAAAGAGAAGAAACUGCACAUUGGUCCAUGGAAGAAGAGUAGAUUCAUGCAACUAAAGUGGUCAGGCUUCAAUCAAACAUUGACUUUAGCAAAUUCCAUGGGUGAUAUUCCAGCUAAUGAACCUUACCUGAGAAUUUCUGGUGCUCCUACUGUGCUAGUCACAUGAAAGUAAUUGAGUGAGGUGAAGGUUGAAUCCCAAUGGUGACUUUUGCAGAAGGAUUUUAAAUUGAGACCUUGUAGUAGAAACUCAUAAUUUAAUGUUCCAAGUUAUGUAAUAGAAACUCUGUUUUGUGUUGUAAAUAGUUUGAUCUAAUUUGAUCAAGGUCAAUUUACGUGUAUGAGACAUAAGCUUUGCACUAUUAUCAUGAGUGCCAACAGAUACCAGGAAAAAAA